AUGGAGCUGAACGUGUCCUCUGUCGCGGAGAGGAACAAAAGACCAGCGAUGGCUGACAAAGACAAGAAUGGGUGGCAUGCAGAGCCAUCUGUUUUGGAAGACACCCAGAUCUUGUGUAUGGCCAUACUUCUGCUAUCCCACAAGCCCCGGUUCCAGGAGUACUCUACCUCCCAUUCACACAAAGGAAGUGGCUCUGAGGCAGAUGGAAGCAGCUCUGAGGCAGAAGGAAGUGGCUCUGAGGCAGACAGAAGCGGCUCUGAGGUAGAAGGAAGUGGCUCUGAGGCAGAGGGAAGUGGCUCUGAGGCAGACAGAAGCAGCUCUGAGGCAGACAGAAGUGGCUCUGAAGCAGAAGAAAGUGGCUCUGAGGUAGAAGGAAGUGGCUCUGAGGCAGAGGGAAGUGGCUCUGAGGCAGACAGAAGUGGCUUUGAAGCAGAAGAAAGUGGCUCUGAGGUAGAAGGAAGUGGCUCUGAGGCAGAGGGAAGUGGCUCUGAGGCAGAGGGAAGCGGCUCUGAGGCAGAGGGAAGUGGCUCUGAGGCAGACAGAAGUGGCUUUGAAGCAGAAGAAAGUGGCUCUGAGGUAGAAGGAAGUGGCUCUGAGGUAGAAGGAAGUGGCUCUGAGGCAGACAGAAGUGGCUCUGAGGCAGAGGGAAGUGGCUCUGAGGCAGACGGAAGUGGCUCUGAGGCAGAGGGAAGCAGCUCUGAGGCAGACAGAAGUGGCUCUGAGGCAGAGGGAAGUGGCUCUGAGGCAGACAGAAGUGGCUCUGAGGCAGACAGAAGUGGCUCUGAGGCAGACAGAAGUGGCUCUGAGGCAGAGGGAAGCAGCUCUGAGGCAGGCAGAAGUGGCCCUGAGGCAGACAGAAGCUCUGAGACAGAGAGAAGUGGCUCUGAGGCAGACAGAAGUGGCUCUGAGGCAGAGAGAAGCGGCUCUGAGGCAGACAGAAGCGGCUCUGAGGCAGACAGAAGUGGCUCUGAGGCAGACAGAAGCUCUGAGGUAGAAGGAAGCGGCUCUGAGGCAGACAGAAGCUCUGAGGCACUUCCUUUCCAACAGGAGGAUGAAGCAGAUGGCCCAAGGACUUGA